AAUAUGAUAACGCAAGUUAUUGCCGACGAUAUUCAUGCUGCCAUUAGAUAUACAUUGCCAUUAAUUUGCCAUCGCAAGAAUUCGAAUUCCAUUGAGUUCAACGCGACAGACAUAAUGCUGUUUCAUUUUGUCCUGAGUUUAUCGAAAUUGGCUGCAACGUUUACGGGGAAAUUAUUCACACGAAAAAAACAACUUCGAGGGGAUAAAAGAAAACAGGCAGAAGAGGAAGUUGAAAGGGAAGUCAGCCUACUUAAAUGGCAACAUGAAGCUGUGUAUAAGCGUAUAAUUUUGGUAAUAAUAGAUCUGCUGAUUUAUGUUCAUCAGAAGUUCUGUGUAAGGUGAUACAAGAAACAAUUAAAAAAGAA